AUCUACCUUUCCUUCUCCACAGAAUUCGUUGGUCGAAAGCUCUGGAAAAUUGGAAAUGGUUGAGGAUCAGCAUCAGAAGAAGAAAGCUAAAGCAAUCAUAGUAGGAGGGAGUAUAGCCGGGGUCUCAUGCGCCCAUGCCCUCUCUUCAAUAGGAUGGGAAGUCGUUGUGCUCGAGAAAACCGGCGCUCCCCCAACCGGCAGCCCAACCGGUGCCGGACUGGGGCUCGACCCUUUGUCUCAAACGCUCAUUACUUCAUGGCUCGGCAACCCCCAGCUCCUCCAGCAGGCCACCUUGCCCCUCACUAUCGAUCAGAACCAAGCAACAGAUGGUGUUACAAAGGAGAGCUGGACACUGACAAGAGAUGAGGAAUUCAAUUUUAGAGCAGCGCAUUGGGCUGAUCUCCAUGGCCUUCUAUACAAUGCAUUGUCACCUGAUGUAUUCUUAUGGGGUCAUCAAUUUAUCUCUUUCACCAUCUCUGAUGACAAAUCCCAGGUCAAAGUUAAGGCUAAACUUAUUCGAAACGAUAAUAUCGUCGAGAUAGAUGGCGAUUUACUCAUUGCAGCAGAUGGGUGUCUCUCUUUAAUCCGCCAGCAUUUUCUCCCUGACCUUAAAUUGAGGUAUUCAGGUUACUGUGCAUGGAGAGGGGUUCUUGAUUUCUCAGGAAAGGAAGAUUCAGACACCAUUAAAGGCAUCUGGAAAGCAUACCCUGACCUUGGAAAAUGCUUGUAUUUCGACCUUGGCUCUGGAACACAUGCUGUGCUUUAUGAACUGCUCAACAAAAGGCUCAAUUGGAUCAUUUAUGUCAACCAACCCGAGCCUGAGAUAAAGAGAAAUUCAGUUACCAUGAAAGUGAGUGAAGGAAUGAUCGAUGAGAUGAUCAAAGAAGCCGAGAAAACUUGGGUUCCGGAGCUCGUAAAAGUCAUGAAGGAGACAAAAGACCCUUUCUUAAAUGCCAUAUAUGAUUGUGAUCCUCUAAGGAAGAUUUAUUGGGACAAUGUAGUGUUGAUCGGAGAUGCUGCUCACCCAACAACUCCUCAUGGUCUAAGAAGCACGAACAUGACGAUAGUAGAUGCAGCAGUUCUUGGCAAAUGCCUCGAGAACUGGGGAGUGGAAAAUUUACGAUCAGCUCUGGAAGAAUAUCAGUCCACUACGUUCCCUGUUACCUCUAAACAAGUGUUGCACUCACGGUGGCUGGGUCAGAUUAAGCAAGGCUUGCCUCUCCCCGAUCAAGAGCUGUUUGAUCCAAAGAAAGCAAGUCCGGAGGAUCUCAGAGAUCUUCAACAGAAGAACAUGCCAUUCUUCACGAUUAAUCAUUAAUUAUUUGAUCCAAUCUUGCAGGCUUACACUGUUUGUUUCUACGAAUAUGAAAAAUAAAAAUCGAUAUAUAAAGUUAACUUGUUUGGCAA